AAGAUAAUUACUAGUGCCAAUCGCGAAAAGACGAGCGAGGAGGAGAGAGAGAAUUUUUGAAAUGUUAUAAGCCCCAUUUUCCUGAAGCAGAGGACACAGCCCAAGUCUCUUUGAAGAUCAAAACCCCUAAUUAUACUGAGUAUCCCGGAAUCCAAUACGAAAACCUUCGUCGACGUUCAAAUUAGGGUUUCAAUUCCAGGUUUUAGUUCCGCAGCUACCGAAGAUCCGAAAUAAGCACUUGUUUGAUUCCCUUCUAAACCUAAGAGGCCAUGGAUGAUUAUUGUGCUGUGUGCGCUGAGCCAUUGGAGUGGGUGGCCUAUGGGAUGUGUGGCCACAAAGAGGUUUGUUCAAAGUGUGUUGUACGGCUCAGAUUCAUCCUUAGCGAUCCUCGAUGUUGUAUUUGCAAGAGCGAAUGCCCCACCGUCUUCAUCACAAAGGCAAUGGGGGAUUACACCAGGACAAUGAGUGACUUCAGUGUAUUUCCUCCUGGUGCAGUGGAAGGUCAAGUAGGACCGUACUGGUACCAUGAGGAUACACAAGCUUACUUUGAUGAUCUAGAUCACUACAAGAUGAUUAAAGCUAUGUGUAGGCUCUCUUGUAACAUUUGUGAUACCCAAACGGCAGAUAUACAAGGGAAUGAUGCCCUAAAAAGAAGGGAAAGAUUUAAAAAUGUUGAGCAGUUGAAAAAACACUUGUUCUUCAGACAUAGGAGCCAUAUGUGUGAUCUAUGCUUGGAAGGAAGGAAGAUAUUUAUUUGUGAACAAAAGCUUUAUACAAGGGGACAGUUGAAUCAACAUAUGAGCACAGGCAAUUCAGAGGUGGAUGGAGACGAGAGUGAGAGGGGUGGCUUUAUGGGACAUCCUAUUUGUGAUUUCUGCAAAAAACGAUUCUAUGGGGACAAUGAAUUGUAUACGCAUAUGUCAACUGAACAUUUUACCUGCCACAUAUGUCAAAGGAUGCACCCCGGACAAUAUGAUUAUUUCAAAAAUUAUGACGAUUUAGAGACGCAUUUUCGACAAGAGCACUUCCUCUGCGAAAGUGAAGCUUGCCUUGAAAAGAAGUUUGUAGUCUUCACAUCUGAAUCUGAAAUGAAGAGGCAUAAUGCCUUAGAGCAUGGGGGCCAUAUGUCUCGUUCUCAACGUAACGCUGCUCUUCAGAUACCAACUAGCUUCCGAUAUCGGCGCAGUAAUGAACAAGAUCAACGGAGCGGGAGAGGGAGAGGGAGAGGGAGAGGGAGAGGGAGAGGGCGGGAUUCAGGCUCUUCUUUGCAUCAUCUCUCCAUGGCUAUCCAAGCUAGUAUCGACUCUGCUCUUACGGAGAAUGCAACCCAUGAGUCUUCUUCCUCAAGUGCUCAAUCAGCUUCCAACAAUCAUGGGAAUAGAGUAGAAAUCAGCCCCCUUGAGUUUGAACCAUUAAUGCCCUCUGAUCAAUUGGCCAACGCAGAACAACCAGAAAAUGUUCCAUCAAGGUACCUUGAGGCCCUUAGCCAGACUUCAAGGAACACCCCUCUAGAACAAUCUUCCUUCCCUCCACUUCCCUCUAGCAACCAGAAGGACCUAAGUGAUACCAGAACUGGCUCAACAAUGGCUGCGCGUCUUCGUGGUAUUAAUAAGGGAACAGUUAAUGUGCUCCACUCUGCCAGUCAACCAGUUUCAAAAAAAAAAAAAAGUGCUCCACUCUGCUCAUUUAGUCCUGGUAGAAACAAGGUGUAUAUCUCAAAUGCAUGGAAUUUGAGUAAUGGUGGUAUGGGGGAAGCAUCACAGGGUUUGAGCCAGCAAAACAGUGGAUAUAUGCCAUCUGGUAGCUCUGCAACUCCAUGGAAUUUAAGCAACGGCCUUAAGGGGGAAGCAUCUAGUAGUUCGAGACAGCAAAAAAACCAAGGAGGAAAUAUGUCAUCUGGGUCUGCAACCUCAUGGAAUCUAAAUAAUGGCAUUAAGGGGGAAGCUGCAGGUUCUAGUGGUGGGAUACCACUGGCUUCUAAUCUUACGACUGACAAGGGAUAUGAGGAUUCCUCCAUUAUUAGUCUGAAGAGCUCAGCCCCUGCAAAUGCAGCUGAGAAUGGAAAGUUACCCAUUAGCACAUCUUUGGCAAAAGUGCAAGAUGUCCACACUGCAAAUAAGACUUUGGUGGAAAGGAUGCGUGCUAGUUUAGGCCCAGAUGAGAGCAAAUUCACUGCUUUCAAAGACAUCUCGGCUAAAUAUCGUCAAGGCCUCAUUGAUUCUCCAACCUACCUCACCCAUGUUCAAAACUUUGGCCUUUCUCACCUCCUUGUUGAGCUUGCUGGGCUCUUACCUGAUUCUCAAAAGCAAAGGGAGCUUCUUGAGGUUUAUAGUGCCAGUCAACAAUUGGCUAAUGAAAACCGGGAAAGUGGGGCCUCCCAAAAACUUGGACGUGGAUACUUCAAGGUGAAAGGGAAAUUGGUCAUUAAUAAUUUGGAAACGAGUAGUGCCAAUGAUAAAUUGGCUGAUAGUAUAAUAGACACAGUGAGGAACCUGCAGCUUAAGAACAAGGUUUGGGAGCAAGAAGAGGACGUUGAGGUCCUUUCAAAAGAUGGUUAUCGAUCAGCUGCUAAGGGAGAAACAAAGGAAGUGGAGGCGAAGGACCGUUUGGCUGACAGGUAUCGAUCAUCUGCGAAAGGAAAGGCACCAUUGGCAGAUAGUGUCGUCUCAAGCUCCAAUGGUGGCUCACAGGAUCCCACCAACUGGUCUUGUAGGGUUUGCACCUUGGUCAAUGAGAGAGGCUCAGAUGCUUGUGCAGCUUGUGGGGUACCUAACCCUAACUCCAAUUCUAAACCGAACCCUAACACUACGCAGAGUGUGGGUUUAAGUGGGAAUAAUAGUAAACAAACGCGAAAGACUUCCAAGUUUCACAGGGUGAGGUUAGGUGAUCUGUCUGUUACUGCCCUUGAUCUUAGAGGAGGGUCACAAUCCGAGCAUGAGAAUUCAGCAGAAGAAUCGAGCAAGGGCCCUAUAGGUGAAGAGGUGCCCCUGGUUAAAGGGGUGUGGCGAAAUGGUGGUGGUCAGAAGCUCGUGGCACGUUCUCAAUGGGGCUGAGAUGUUUCGCCUAUUUUCGCUUAGCUCAGAUUGAGGUGAUUGUUAUGUGAAGAUCUGAGGGCUUGUCCGAUAAAAAUGAACUGGGGACAAAGGACUUAUUGGUUUGCUUUUGCAGAUGGAGUGAGCAAUUGGGAUUUUUUUGGUUUGCGGGUUAAAUUUUGGAGGAACUUUUAAUGAUGUUGGCUUGAGGCCAGGGUCUGGUUCUGGUUUUGUGUUUCAGUGGUCAUUGUUCCAUAUUAAGAGUGUUUUUGUUGAAGAUGUAGAUAUAUAUAUUUCAUGGCGUUGGCUCGUUGUGAAUGAACAACGACAUCGAGCCAUUAAUAUGAAUGGUGGAUGUAACAAAACCCGUAAGGGCUACCAGCAAGUUUUAGGUGCCCGAAUUGGUUAAUGUAUGGUAGCAAUCGGUGUAUAGGGUUCUUUUUGGGAUGCAUCUCUCUUUAAAGAUAUCAGUUGGGUCUA